AUGUCAUCACUAGAUCCCUCUUUUCAUUCAACAUUCAAUGGCUCUUCAUCCUAUCACGACGAUGGUGGCAUGGAUUUGAGAUUUAAUUCAUUCCGAGGAACUGCUGAAGAUGGCUAUUUAGUAAACGGAUUGAAUAACCGAGAAUAUUAUGAUGGUGAAAGUGGACAUAAUGCAACCGAAGAAGGAGCAUCUCUGUUGAUGGAAAGUGGUUCAAUAAAUCAUCAUCAUAACGAUGAAAACAACGGAGGAGAUAAAGUGAACGAACAUGAAGUGCAUAUUAAAAAGCAAUUACCUUCCAAGACAAAUGCAGUAUCUGCUUUUUUGAAUAUUACAAAAACAUUUGCUGAUGUCGAAGAUAUUCAAUCUCAGGAAGAAUAUAAGGAAAAUUCAGAGUAUUGGAAAAUUAGACCGAUUCGAAUUCCAAUUUCAAAGAAAAAAAAUGUAAAUGAAGAAACAGGUGAAACAGUCAUUGAACCUGUUUAUCCCAAACGACAUCCGCCUCCACGAAUUGAAAAUCCUGAAACUGGAGAAAUUGUGACAACAAUAUCAAAGGCCAUGGAUCCUAAUGAUUACAUUUAUGAAGAGGAUCGGAUUAUUACCUAUGCUGACAUUGGAUAUGAAGCAAUGGGAAAUGUUGGAAGUAUAGUCGUACACUUCUUAAUGAUGUCGUGUAAUAUUGGUGUUGCUACUAUUUAUUUGGUAUUGAUGGCCUCAUGUUUAAACGGAAUGGUACCUCAAAUUUCUCUCAGAAUUUGGAUGUUGUUUUUCAUACCAUUAUUUGUAAUAUUGUCAUGGAUCCGAUCGUACAAAUAUUUAGCUCCAUUGACCCUUAUAGGAACUCUUGCUCUAUUAUUCGCACUUGGAUCAGUCAUUGUUUAUGGUUUCAUUUAUCAAAGACACAAUAUGAAGUGGCCAUGGGAAUAUGCUCAUGUGGCUUUUAUUGAACCUGCAACCAUUCCAUUAUUUAUUGGAAGCGCCAUGUUCUUAUUUUGUACUCAUACCAUGAUGUUGUCUGUUGAACAAUCCAUGAAAAAGAGAAAGGCCUAUUACUGGACUCUUAAUUUAUCAUUUAUAUUUAUUGUCAUUAUUAACUUGGCUUUUGGAUUGUUGGUCUUUGAAUUCUUCCCUUAUAAUAUCCAACAAAGUGCUACUGCAAAUUUACCACAAGAUUCCAUUUUUGUUUAUAUCAUUCAAUCAUGCCUUUGUUUGGAAUUAAUUUUAACUUAUACUGUUGUUCUCAUGCCUGUUGGAGAAAUCUUUGACGAAAAAGUUCUACAAAAAUUGUUAGACAAAAUCAAAAGAUUUGUCACAUCCACACGACUAUCUUCUGUUCUCUAUUAUUUAACAAGUGGAAUAUUCCGAUCCAUCAUUGUGUUAUUAACUGUUGGUUUAGCUGAAAUAUUUGGAGACAAGUUUGGAAUUGUCAUGUCUUUCAUUGGCGCUCUUUCUCCUAAUCCUCUUGCAUUUGUCUUGCCUCCUCUUUUUUAUCUCAUUAUUAUGAGAAAAACUAUUUCACUUUUCACAUUUAUUUUGAAUGUUUUCAUUAUGGUAUUUGGAAUUUUAACAAUGGCUUGGAACACUUAUUCGAGUGUCAUGGCCAUCCUUAAUCCUUAA